AUGGCUCGUACGAAGCAAACCGCUCGAAAAUCUACGGGUGGUAAAGCACCAAGAAAACAAUUGGCUACUAAAGCUGCACGUAAAAGUGCACCAUCCACUGGGGGUGUAAAAAAACCUCACAGGUACCGACCUGGUACUGUCGCCCUUCGAGAAAUUCGUCGGUAUCAGAAAAGUACAGAAUUGUUGAUUCGAAAAUUGCCGUUCCAGCGACUCGUUCGUGAAAUCGCACAAGACUUCAAAACUGAUCUCCGUUUCCAGAGUGCAGCUAUAGGAGCUUUGCAAGAAGCAAGCGAAGCUUAUUUGGUUGGGCUUUUCGAAGACACUAACUUAUGCGCUAUUCACGCCAAGCGAGUUACCAUUAUGCCCAAAGACAUUCAACUUGCAAGGCGUAUCAGAGGAGAACGAGCCUAA